GCGGCGAGACUACCCCCCCCCUUUCCGCGCCCCAUGGAGGGGUGGCUUUCGAAAAGGGAGGCGGGGGCGUGACGGACAAAGGCUGCGACGGCCGGAGGUGGAGGCGGCAGGCCAGAGGACCCUGAGGGAUGCCCAAAAAGUUCCAAGGGGAGAACACCAAGUCGGCAGCCGCCCGAGCGAGGAAGGCGGAGGCCAAGGCAGCAGCUGAUGCCAAGAAGCAGAAAGAGCUGGAGGAUGCCUUCUGGAAAGACGAGGACAAACACGUCAUGAGGAAGGAGCAGAGGAAGGAAGAGCGCGAGAAACGGCGCCUGGAGCAGGUGGAGCGCAAGAAGGAGCUGCAGCGCCUCCUGGAAGAAGAGGAUGCCAAGCUGAAGGGGAAGACUCCCAAGCCGCUGCCCCCGGGCAAAGUCACCCGGGCGCAGAUCGACGAGGUGCUCCGGAAAGAGCAGCAGAAGGAGAACGGGGAACCCGGAGAGAAGCUGAAGAGUCACCUUGAGAUGCCCUUGGAAGAGAACAUCAACCGCAGGAUCCUGGAGGAAGGCGCUGUAGAGGCACGGACCAUCGAGGAUGCCAUUGCAGUGCUCAGCGUUGCCGACGACCUGGACCGCCACCCCGAGCGCCGGAUGAAGGCCGCCUUCACGGCUUUCGAGGAGGUCCAGCUGCCGCGGCUGAAGCAGGAAAACCCCAACAUGCGGCUCUCGCAGCUGAAGCAGCUCCUCAAGAAAGAGUGGAUGAAGUCGCCCGAGAACCCCAUGAACCAGCGGCACACGGCUUACAACAGCCAGAAAUGAGACUGGUGAAGCCCCCCAUGUGUGGGCGUGGGAAGCGGUGCAGGGAGAAAGAGAGAGAGGCCACCUCCUUUUUCCGCCCCGCCCCAACACUGAACCGCCUUUCAAGAACAGCCAAGGCCACAGUGGUCCCCUCCACGCUCCGCUCUACGGAUUAAAAUUAAGGUGCAACUAAAUAUUCCCCCUUGCUUUCGUUGACUCCCCCCGUUGGACUCGAAAACCUCCCCCCUCCCCAGACACACCCCUUAAUUUUGGGCUUCCUGAUCUGCUGCGCAAGCAGGCUCAAAUUGGCUCGGAAACUUUUCCUGCAGGGCCAGAUGGGAUUGCCCCGGGUACCUAACUUUCUUUCUCUCUCUUGGGACGGUGCCGUCUUCACCUGCCUCUUUGUGCUUUGGUUUGGGGGGGGGGCGGGGGGAGACUCAGGCGUAGCAAAAAUCUGUGCCGCCCCCUUCUCCUCCUAACCCCCAAAGCGCAACACUUUUCUCUGCCACGUCGCAUCUCAAGACGGGAGCUAGUUCUUCUUUAGAGGUCAUUAUGUCUUCCAAGAUUGGGUUGUGGGUCAGUGGGGCAGGCAUGAAAGCCCUUGCAGGUGAAACCACAAAGAAAUGCCGCCCCCCAGCAUUGCAGAAGCGAGAAAAGGCGAGGGCAGAUCACUUUGCCGUGCCACCCACUUUAGGGAGAGGCGCUCUUCCUUAGCCUUCCAGUUUUCCAAACUGGCCUUUUACUCUGUUUGUGGAGGGCGGUUUGGUGCAGAGGAUCCGUUCAGCAACAACCGCGCACCCCCUCCCCAAUCCUGCAAGCCUCUACUCACUACCCAAAGUAGGGUGCCCCCCUCUGUAAGGAGGAGGCCGAGGCUGCCCCUUGCCAGGCCAUGCUGCCCUCGCUUAGUUCUUGCUCUGCUUGUUUAUUCAGUGCCUCUAUCCCUCCAGAUACUGCUGCCCUCCAUCUUUUGCCACUGUCGUCCCUGACCAUUGACCCUGCUGGCUGCUGGGGGUCCAGUCGUGUCUGGAAGGCCGCAAACGUCCCUCCAUCUCCGAUUCAUCUGGCAGCCAUAAGCUUCUUGGGUCAGGAGGGCUGGCAUUGCACUCGGGGCUGGGGGAGUAAGGAGGAGGCGGGAGCGAAAAAUCCUCAGUGAGGCCUCUGAGCCUGGCAUCACCUUUUCGCAUUCUUGCCGUGCGAUCGGCGCCCCUCUCUUGACUCUCUUAACAACAGAGGGUUUCUUUGGGGGGUCUUUUUAAAAUCUGCAGGGAGCAUGCACCCCUCAUCUCGCCUCCCCUUACCGCUGCUCCACUUCUGGCACGGGGUUUUUCCUUGCUCAUGGGAAUUUGGAACAAGGUGCAACUUGGUGACGUCUUCCUGUUGUUGAGGAGGCCUUUGCACGAUCGGGGACAGCCUCCCUCGUUCUCGUUGUGCCACAAGUCAGUGGCAGCAGAGCUCUCGCCUUGCCAAGGCACGAACUGACCGCUCAAAAAACAGCAUGUUCCUUUUCCCUCUUUCCUCUGCUGAAUCCAGGAAUGCUUGCUGAGUUUCAGAUGGGGGUGUCAGAGCAGCGGGGGACACCCAUCUUUCUGUGUGUGUGUGUGUGUGUGUGUGUGUGUGUACGCAAACUGGGUAUCAUAUUCCUCUCUCCCCAGUUUUUAGCACCAGGGCCUUCCCUUUUUGCUCGAUGUGAUCCCAUCUGGCCCCCAAGGACAAUUAUGAGCCCCCCCCAACCCCAAUUUGCCGGACGUACCCCAGUGUUGCUGCUCUUCUCUGCAGAGAGAAGUUUCAGCAUUAAAAACAAAAACAAAAUAUAUAUAUACAUAUUGCCCCAAAUUUGUAAACCCAACUUCCCAAACGGAAUAAAGUGUUUGAAUUGUGCCAUCAUCUGA